AUGUUAGUAUUGGUUCUAUUACCCAUAAUCUACUUGGGUUAUACAUAAGAGCAAUGCCAAGUUAAGAAACAAUAAAUAUCAUUUUUCUUUUCUACCUAAGAAACAUAUGAGUGGAACUUAAAAGAUUUAUUCACCGGAUCCUAUUUGAAUUACACCUUAAGCUCAAAGUAACCCUUCUUUACGUUGAAGAAACCUAUACAUUAAGAAUAUACACCUAAAACAUUGAUAGAAGGUAUAAAAUAUAGUUAAAUUAGGUAUAUCAAAAAUUGCUGCCAUUUAGGCUAGAACAGAACAAAACUAAAGAGUAUGGCUAAAUCAAUUUGCCUUUAUUGAAAAAAGUGUAAAUUCAUUAUCUAUUUUUUAUGCUUAAGGGUAAUCAUAAUCAAUGAUAAAUUAGUACUUAAGGAGAUUAUAAACCGCCCAAUUUUAAUUAUAAAAUAGUUUUCUCCCAAAACUAAGAUAUUUAGUGUUUAAAUUUAGAAUACUUGAAUGAAACAUCAUUUUUAGCUGAUUGCUAUAAUGCAAUGAAAAAUCCUAUAUAAAACUACUUUUAUGUCAUUGAUAAAUCAGGUGCUGUCAGAAACAUCAGCAAUCAAAAUUAUGAUGUCUAAAAUAUCAUCACAAAAAGAAUAACUAAAGUAAUACCUUUUGUUGACAGCAAAAAGAAUAAUAUCAAAUUGCUGUUUAGAUCAACACCAGCCUAUGCAACUGGAUCAGAUUUAAAGAUAAAUUCAAUAAUUGAAAUUUAUAAUAUUUCGACCUUAUUAUUAGUUAAUUAAUUGACAGCGCGUGAUAUCGGAACACUAUUGAAAGUUGAUGAUCCUUUCAAAUAUAAAUUUAGUUUGAUAGACUUUGAUGUAUUUUCAGAUGGCAAACUUUAUAUUUUAACUGCAUUUGAUGGCAUCAUAAUUUUAUAAAUAGAUUAAGCUCUUGGUUUUACUUUAAUAGAUAGGAUAGAGCUUUAUAACGAUGUAAGAGAAUUUGAUGUUGGUCAUUUUUUGUUCGAGGAUGGGUCUCUAAUAGAGAUUAUAGGAGUUUUAUUCUAAAACAAGGCUGAAGUUUAUGAAAAUAGAAUUUUUAAGAAUUCUUACUCUUUAGAUUUUUCUUCUGUAUACACUACAUUAUUAAAAAUAUCGUAAGAACUAUUGAUACUUCAAAAUAAAGGUAAAACUUACUUAAUUAAUACUCAAACCAAAGAUUUGAUUCAUAAAGAAGUACUUGAAGGCAUUUAAGGGAUAUUAAUCAAUUAAUACAUGGAAGAGCUUAUCUAUGUUACAUAAAUUGAUGCCAGAANCUUAGGUGCUAAGAUGGUGAAGUGCUUUAUUCUUAUAGUUAUAUUCUAAAUUAAAAUACUUGAUAAAAUUAAAAUCAACAUUUCUGAUAAAAUUUAUGAAAUAGUCUUUCAGAAACUAAUUAAAUAGUAGUUUUUUUUAUUUAUUAAUUUCACUCAAAAUUUUAAUAGAAAUUCAUAUUCAGUCUAUGACGCAUUAUAGUACAAUAUAUUCUGUAUAAUUUUUUUAAUUAAGAUAUUUUAUAUGUUAGUAUUGGUUCUAUUACCCAUAAUCUACUUGGGUUAUACAUAAGAGCAAUGCCAAGUUAAGAAACAAUAAAUAUCAUUUUUCUUUUCUACCUAAGAAACAUAUGAGUGGAACUUAAAAGAUUUAUUCACCGGAUCCUAUUUGAAUUACACCUUAAGCUCAAAGUAACCCUUCUUUACGUUGAAGAAACCUAUACAUUAAGAAUAUACACCUAAAACAUUGAUAGAAGGUAUAAAAUAUAGUUAAAUUAGGUAUAUCAAAAAUUGCUGCCAUUUAGGCUAGAACAGAACAAAACUAAAGAGUAUGGCUAAAUCAAUUUGCCUUUAUUGAAAAAAGUGUAAAUUCAUUAUCUAUUUUUUAUGCUUAAGGGUAAUCAUAAUCAAUGAUAAAUUAGUACUUAAGGAGAUUAUAAACCGCCCAAUUUUAAUUAUAAAAUAGUUUUCUCCCAAAACUAAGAUAUUUAGUGUUUAAAUUUAGAAUACUUGAAUGAAACAUCAUUUUUAGCUGAUUGCUAUAAUGCAAUGAAAAAUCCUAUAUAAAACUACUUUUAUGUCAUUGAUAAAUCAGGUGCUGUCAGAAACAUCAGCAAUCAAAAUUAUGAUGUCUAAAAUAUCAUCACAAAAAGAAUAACUAAAGUAAUACCUUUUGUUGACAGCAAAAAGAAUAAUAUCAAAUUGCUGUUUAGAUCAACACCAGCCUAUGCAACUGGAUCAGAUUUAAAGAUAAAUUCAAUAAUUGAAAUUUAUAAUAUUUCGACCUUAUUAUUAGUUAAUUAAUUGACAGCGCGUGAUAUCGGAACACUAUUGAAAGUUGAUGAUCCUUUCAAAUAUAAAUUUAGUUUGAUAGACUUUGAUGUAUUUUCAGAUGGCAAACUUUAUAUUUUAACUGCAUUUGAUGGCAUCAUAAUUUUAUAAAUAGAUUAAGCUCUUGGUUUUACUUUAAUAGAUAGGAUAGAGCUUUAUAACGAUGUAAGAGAAUUUGAUGUUGGUCAUUUUUUGUUCGAGGAUGGGUCUCUAAUAGAGAUUAUAGGAGUUUUAUUCUAAAACAAGGCUGAAGUUUAUGAAAAUAGAAUUUUUAAGAAUUCUUACUCUUUAGAUUUUUCUUCUGUAUACACUACAUUAUUAAAAAUAUCGUAAGAACUAUUGAUACUUCAAAAUAAAGGUAAAACUUACUUAAUUAAUACUCAAACCAAAGAUUUGAUUCAUAAAGAAGUACUUGAAGGCAUUUAAGGGAUAUUAAUCAAUUAAUACAUGGAAGAGCUUAUCUAUGUUACAUAAAUUGAUGCCAGAAGAUUCGCUUUAUCUAGUGGAAAGCUAAGAUUUAAAUCAGGAGAUUUGACAGCAGCAAGGGAUGUCACCACUAUUACUGCACUUGAUGAGCUUGGCUAUUAAUGUUAAGUUCUAUUAAAUUAUAGAGUCUUAAAUUAAUAUGAUUCAGUAUUGUACCCAGUCCAAGAAUUAGAUAUAUCCAAUGUAUAUGUUGAUUAUCCUUUCUGGACUCCAUUUUAAAUGCCUGUAUCAGGGCCAAAUGUCUAAGUCAAUUCUUCGAAGUAGAACAGUCUUUAAUAUGGAGCUACAAACUCAGCAACAUUAUUAAUCAAGUAAGGAGGCACAAUUAAUGCAGAAUCAAUAUACUCUUAAAUUCCAUAAGCAAAAUCAUCAAAAUUUGUCAAAUUAAUUAGUUUAGAUAAGGAUGACUAAAAAAUAGCAAUCAUAUUUUAAGAAUCUUCAACUAAAGAUAUUCUAACUUACAUUUGUUCUACAGACUAAUAUUAUGAUCAAAAAGUAAAUCUCUAUUGCGUUAAUUAUGUGAAAUUUUCAGUAAAAAUAGAAUUGAGUAAUUUAAAUUUCUAAUGUUACGUUAAAAAAGAGAUUUUCUAUGUUUUUAUAAUUGAAAAUACUUAUACUGUUGGAAUGUACUCAAUUUCCUAAAAAGAUAUUUAGAGUCAAUAUAACUUUAAAUAUAAUUAAUUCUCAUAAUCAAUAACAUCGAUAAGUGUUGUUGCAAACAGAUUAUAUAUAAUCUUGAAUAAUCUAUAAGUGGACAUUUGGAACAUUGAUACUAAAUCAAAUUACUCUGUGACCCAGAGCUUAGUAAACUCGUUAGGAUUUUAUGGCAGUUGGAAAAUUAGAAAAGUGGUAGGUAGUUCUAAAUAUCAUCCUACCAUCCUCUUUAUAAUUAAUGAUGAUAAUAUUAUUAUUGCAGAUUAUCAUAAAGAACUAGCAAUCGUCACUGUGUUAACUUAUGGAAAAUCUAUUAUUGAUGUAGUCAUUGGUGAAGAUUCAUUUAUUUCUGUAGUUCAUACAAACACCAUAACUUACUUAACAGAAUAUGAUUUUUCAAAUUAUUGUAAUAUCUUCAAAAUGAAAGAGCUACCUACAUACAGAUACUAAAUUUAAGAUUCUUUGACUAUGGUAAGCAGUAGCGAUUCUGGAUUAUUAUAUAUUGCAGCGUAUGAUCCAGACAAUAAUAAUUAAUCAGUCAUUUUGAUAUACAAGCCUUUAUAGCCUUUAAGAGAUUCCUUAAUAAAAGUAUUGACACCAAAAAAACAGAAUUUCUUCAUCUCUGAAACUUAACUGGCUGCUGCAGGAUUUAAUCAUUUUAUCUUCUAUUUGAACGAUGGAGAAAACCAUAAUGUGGAAUGGAUUGACCAAACUUAUUAUUAUUAAGUGGAUCCAGACUAUUAAACAGAUCAAUGGGUUAAUAAAUUCCGAUUAAACUUAACAGUAUCAAAUCUAAAAAAUAACCCAAGUGUGCAAUUUAGUUAAGCUAUUGUUUUGUAUUAGACAAAAUCUUAAAUCAAGUUCCUCUAAACCUAUGUGAACAUUACAAAUUAAAAGUGGACAAAAGAUGAAAUUACUUUAAGUAUGGUAGGAACAAUAAUUGAUUAUUUAAUCUAAUGCUAAUAAUGUGGUUAAGGGAAAAAUAUUAAUGCAAUCUAACCAUUAAGUUUAUUUAAAUAGGAAUACGGAGAUGACUUAAACAUAGUUGAUUAGAUAGAACGUGGAUCAGAUAAUCUUAGAAUAUUAUUAGUAUCAACUUCAAAUUUGCAGGCAAUUAGAAUAUAUAACAGCACAAAUUCAUUUUUUAAGUCCAUAGUAAUUUCCACGGCAACUGAUUAUAAAUGUGAGAAAGUCUUAAAACAUAAUAACCAUUUGAUGGUAGCAUGUCGUAAUUCAAAAAACUACUAAAUAGCAACUAUUUGGUGUGA